CCCCCCUCCUCCCCUCAUUUUUUACCAAAAACCUAGCAGUCUUCCCCUCACCUUCUUAACCUCUCACUCAUGCACACUUUUCCGUGACACACACACGCUGAAGCCUCUAGUAACAAGUGAGAAUUACAAAGUUUAGAGCUAAAAUUCAAAAGUUGCAAAGCUAAUUUUCAGUUUCAAAUCCUUGUCUUAUCUCACAUUUUCUGGGGAUUUCAAAGCUUGACGGAGCUUUAGAGCUUGGUUCGAAGCUGAGAGUUUGAUUUAAACUCAGAUCACUGUUCAAUUCCGCUGAAUUUACUAUUUCGGGAACUGCUGAGCUUCGGUCGAGUUUGCCUCUGGCUCUAGUUGGUUUAUUCGAGUUUUCUUUGUUCAAUCAGAAAGUUUGAGGUGGUCGGUUUGUGGUAAGCUGACAACACAAGAUCCAAGGAAAAAUGACAACUGGCAUCGAAGCUGUUAAGAGUGCUCAAAAAGCUCAGAGUCAGAGGGUUCAACAAAAGUCUAUUGUGGUUCAAGAAAAUAGAGUACUGAAGCAGCAAAUGAUUGAAAUGUGUCAAGCAUGGGCCAAUGGCCAAGGACCGCCUUUUUCUAUCCAUGGUUUCCUAGAGUUCACAUCCAUCUCGACUACUGCCAUUCCGGUCUUAUUGUCUGAUCAAUCCUAUUCACGUGGAAUCAGUCUUUAUCCCAACUGUACGACUACAACUGGAACUUCUAUUGCGCACUCCCAAAGUGUGCCAUUGACAACCAAUCAGACAACCACUAUUGUUAUGCCCGUCUUCACCAUCCCACAGCCGACACUGGUACAGAAGAAAACUCAUGAGUCACAAUUUGCUACCCAGCAAAAACAAUACCACUCGUACCUAUUUGAUCUUCCUGCAAAGAUUGAGAAGCCUGCCCAAAAGAUGGCACAGGAAGAAAUGACCCAAAGAAUGAAAAGCUUAGAAUAACAGUUGAAAAACAUGCAAGGGUUGGCAUGUCAGAAGAGUAUUGCUUUCAAGGAUCUAUGUAUGUUCCCCGAUAUUUGUUUGCCCCUUGGUGUCAAGACCCCUAAAUUUGAAAAGUAUGAUGGACAUGGAGACCCUAUAGCCCACCUGAAAAGGUAUUGCAAUCAACUAAGAGGUACGGGAGGAAAGGAAGAAUUGCUGAUGUCUUAUUUUGGGGAAAGCCUUAUGGGAUUAGCCUCCGAAUGGUUUAUGGAUCAAGACACCUCUCACUGGCAUG